AUGGUACAGCGGAAAGAAAGCGUUGGUGCGAUCGUCGGACUGAAGAGGGCUGCGCAGCGCCCCUGGCGCGGGGGAGACCAGUGCGGGUCAUCGCCUGCAGGCGCUCUUGGCCUCCGCCCGAGCCCUGAGCCGUUCGUCUGGAAGAAGUGCCCAGACAAGAGAUUUUUGUUAUAUGACUUCAUGAAAAAUAGUGAAAUGUCAGGUUCUUCACCAUUUAAGAUGCGAUUAGUUCAUUUGGACCUUAAAGGAGCUCCACCAAAGGUUUCCUACCUCUCUGAGGUCUUUCCUCUGUUCCAUGCCUUGGGCGCCAAUGGGCUCCUCCUCGAGUAUGAAGACAUGUUUCCCUACGAGGGCCGCCUCAGGCUGCUGAGAGCCAAGCACGCGUACAGUCCCCCUGAAAUCAAGGAGAUCCUACAUCUGGCUACACUGAACGAGCUAGAGGUCAUUCCAUUGGUGCAGACAUUUGGACACAUGGAGUUUGUGCUGAAGCACGAGGCUCUCGCUCACCUCCGAGAAGUAGCACUUUUCCCCAACACCCUGAACCCCCACGAGGCGGAGUCCCUGGCGCUGGUGGGAGCUAUGAUCAGCCAGGUCAUGGAGCUGCACCCGGGUGCCCGGUGGCUCCAUGUCGGCUGUGACGAGGUCUAUUACCUUGGAGAGGGCGAGGCCUCAAGGCAGUGGCUGCAGCAGGAGCAUAACACCAAAGCAAGACUGUGUCUGUCCCACAUAAAGGCGGUGGCCUGCCACGUGCUGGCCCAGCACCCUGCCACGAGGCCCCUGGUGUGGGACGACAUGCUGCGGGCCAUCCCCGAGGACCAACUCUCAGCAUCGGGGGUACCACGGCUGGUGGAGCCCGUGCUCUGGGACUACGGGGCCGACCUGGACGUCCACGGCAAAGCUCUUCUCAUGGAAAAGUACCGAAAGUGUGGUUUUCUCCGGCUGUGGGCUGCCAGCGCCUUCAAGGGGGCUACGGGGGCAAGCCAGGCCCUGACCCCCAUCGAGCACCACCUCAGGAACAACGUGCAGUGGCUGCAGGUGGCGGCCAGUGGGCCCGCGGACAUGCUGCAGGGCAUCGUCCUGACCGGCUGGCAGAGGUACGACCACUUCUCCGUGCUGUGCGAGUUGCUGCCCGUGGGAAUCCCGUCCCUGGCCGUCUGCCUGCAGUCACUGCUCCACGGAGGUUUUGCCGAAGAUGUUAAAGCAAAAGUGGAGAACUUUCUUGGGAUUUCUAAUCUAGAAAUAACUGAUUUUACAAGUGAGGGGGCCGGCUCCUUCCCUGGCAGCGACAUCCUGGCCCUUGUCACGCACAUCGGCCUCCACCUGCACAGCUCUGUGGACGCGCUGCUGGAGAGGGACAGGUACGUGACUGGCUGGUUCAGCUCCUACCACCGCAGGCGGAAGCUCAUCCACCCGGUCAUGGUCCAGCACAUCCAGCCCCAGGCGCUCAGCCUCCUGGCCAGGUGGAGCACCUUGGUGCAGGAGCUGGAGGCCGCCCUGCAUCGCGUCUUCUACCCAGACACCGUGGAGGAGUGGCUGGAGGAGAACGUGCAGCCCAGCCUGAGGCGGCUACAGGGUUUGCUACAGGACCUCAGAGAGGCAGCCAGCCCCAGGCCGCUCACAGCUCAGGACCCCUGAGGCGUGGGGCCAGGCACCCCUGUCCAGCUGCGUCCGGCCUCCCCCUGUACCCGGGACCACCUGCAAUAGGCCACACCCACGGUGCAGACAUUUCUCGCUGAGAAAGAUGAGUGGGAAAUGUCCAAGAAGGACACACACUGAGGCCUGCUUACUGAUCCGCAUGUAGAACCUGUUGGCUUGAAAUAAAAAGGAGAGUGGGAGCUAGAACUCCUGCUAGUGGGACUCAGACUUUGCUCCUCCCAUGGGUCCUGCACGGUGGUCCCGAGACUCUUCUCACCCUGCAGGCCCAGCAAAGGCAAAGGGGAGCCAGCCAAACAGAUCCCUCCACAACUCAGGACAUCCUCCAGUCGGGAUGACCACACCAAAAACCAGUUACAACAUUUCAUACUUUAUUUUAGAAAAAGAAGGCUUUCAGAUUUUACCACUUUAAAACCUAACUUUGGCAUGUGUAAAUGACUGCAUCCCCAAACUAGAGCUGUUGGUGACCUCUGCUAAGAAGAGGGUGGGUCUCCCCAGAGACCCACCCUCUUCUGCAGUGCUCCCCAGCCAGUCCUAGGCAUAGCUCCUGAGUGCCUGCUCAGAGGUGCCCUUGCUGCCCCCCACCUCUACAGCAGCCCUGGGCCCACGUCCUGCCUGGGUUCCUAAGGGAGCUGCCCUCGUCUAGGGCCUGCAUGAGGCCUCCCCCACCCCAUGAAAGCCCAGCUGCAGGCCCAGCUGGACAGGUGCUGUCUGUGGGCUGGGGAGGCCUUGGGAGUGGCUGCAGUGCACAUAGUCAGAUGGGACCCUCAGCGUCCGCCCUGGGCCCUACAGACGCUGGGCAAGCACCGCACUCUAACCACUGAGGACGUUGAGCCCGAGAAGGGCUACAGCAUGUGGGGCAGGACCCCCUGGGAUUCCCACGGACAACUUGAGAGUGUGGCUGUCAUCCUAGCAUCCUCAGAGCCUAACCCAGCCACUGGCCCUGGGCCCACCUGCUAAAGCCUUGCUCUCACUGGGGAGCUGAAAUGCUGGGGGAGCUGGUUCUGGCGAACCUCCCUGCCGCCCCCCCCCCCCCGCCGGGAGCCUGGGCAUCCCUCCCCAUUUCAGAGACCUGAUCCCCACACAGUUGGUGGGGCAGUGGGGUACGUGUGCCCUCACGCCCCACCCACACCACCCAGGCUGGGGCCAGCCAUCUGAUGCCAGGAGGAGGCAGCUCUGAGGCCUGCAGAAAUCAGCCUAUGGUUUUGCUCAGAGGGCGGAAGCAAGCAGCAGGAAUGGCUGAGGGUCCCACCCUGGCACUGCCAGAGACACACCCAGGUGCUGGAAGAAGACUUGCCAGUGGCCCAUCAGGCCUACCAGGGCACCACCAGAACCAAGGCCAGGGGCUCUGUGGGCAUCAGCUCUGGCUCCCUGGGCCAUCAGCCUCGCUGUCACUGCUCUGAGACAGCUCCACAGGACUCUCCAGGCGGUGCAGUUCCAGGAAGGUGGCAAUAAGCUUGGCGAUGGCUUCCACGUCACUGGGCCAGGCCGACACCGGGAGGAAGGGCAGAUUACCAUGGCAGACGUGCCUGCUGCCCACACCAUUCUCCUGCUGGACCACCCACCUCUGCCACCUCCAGGGCUCCCCUCUAAGGACAUGGUGCCUUCUGUUCUGGUCCCCACCUCACCUGACCCCAGCCCUGCCCUCUGUCCUCAUGGAGACUCGUCCCCGUCCCCUCUGUCCCUGUGGAGACUCCCAACAUUCCCCUAGCAGCAGGGGCAGGCCACGUUCCUCCAAGUCCUCUCCCUGGGCCCAGCCACGAAGUCCACUGUGGGGGCCACCUGAUGGGAGGGUUAGGGGCACAGGCAGCCAGCUGUGGCCAAUCAAGUCACCUGCCCAGAGCUUACCUGCGGUGGCCCAUGAUAGCGCUCUGGGUGAGGGGGUGGGAGAAGCCUGUCGCAAACCGCAGCACCACCACGUAGCCCUUCCCGAAAUACCGGACUUUCUCCUCCUCCACGUUCACAUCCCGGAUGUCAUUCAGCAGGACCACCACUGCGGGUGGGGGUCGGUCAGGGGUCCCCUCCUCCCCACCUGCCCCUCCCGCCUGUGUGCUGGGCACAGCCACUCUCCAGAGGACGGCGCCACAGGUCCGUGGCCACAGCACAGGCUGGUGCAGAGAGCACCAUCUGGGUGAGGAGGGGCAUCCAGCACACCCGUGGUCACCUUGGAAAGCCUGCCCGUGCUCCCAUGAGCAGCAACACGUCAGGGACGGGCUAAGGUCUGUGUUGCCCGUCUUUCUGCUUCAUCUUCCCCCAGCCGUUGAAAAAUGCCUUCCUAGUGCCUAAUGACCAGCCACUGAGCUAGAGGCUGCCAGGCAAUGUCCGGGGUCACCCUGUGUCACCCAGCGGCCAGCUCGGACCCACCCCAUUUCUGGGCCUCAGGCCUGGUCUCUGCGGUCUCGCUCACCACCCUCCAUCCAGUCUGGAAUAACCAGCCUCCUGCCGCACCCUGUGUCCCGUACACUCUGCAUGCCUCACCUUGGUCGUGGCCAGUUCUGAAAAGAGUCAGCAGCUUCCUGUACAAGCUGAAUGUCUGCAGAACCACCUGCCCAGUGCUCUUGUUGAACACAGCUUCCUGGAAAACCGGCCAGAAGGGGAUCAUCCGGCUGCGGGCCUGAGUGUGUGCAGGCCAGCCACACGUGGAACUUCCAGAGGGGGGCCUGGACUUGCGGGAGCGGACACUCGGGAAGACACCCAGCUCUGCCAGAGCCGAACACCCACAGCCAGACCCUCCCAGGCUCCUGUCUGUCGGGAGCACAGGGCCACGGGUGUAGAGAGAAAGAGGGGCGUCUAAGCAGGUGCUCUCCCCAAGCAAAAGGGAAGUACAGCAGCUGAGGUCAUCAAACAAAGGAAUAGAGGUCAAAGUUUGGAGGUCAGAGAGCACCCGAGUCCUGUGGUUCCUCAUGAAAGGGACCAAGGCACAGGGGAGACUGCUGGCCACCAAGGGAGACGGACUGGCCCUCAUUCUGUUCUGUGCUAUUGGCAACACUAGGGAGUAAAGAAUUUUGGUGCAAACAGUCAUGAAGAGCUUCUACGAGAAAAAUAGCUUCAGAAAAUUCCUCGGCCCAGAAACCACUAAGCUAAGGUUUCCGGAUGGGGAGUGUGUGAGGCCCCAAAGCCUCUCCUCCUGCUAUGAUUCCCAUUGCACCCUCCCACCCUCACCUGUGCUGGCCUUACCUCCCAGUCCUCCAGGUUCUGCACGGCCACGAACAGGCAGCCCGUGACAUAGAAGAGCUUCCAGCCCAGACUAUCUGAAGAGCAAACACAGCACGCAGCCGGGUGAGGGACAGCAGCAGAGAGGUGAAGGCCAACAUGCCAUGGGGGGCCCUCCCCAGCUGACACUGGGCAGGGGCGGCAUCUGGGGCUGGCUGACCCCGGCUCAGGACGGCCACCCGACACUGCUGUCACGCAGAACCACGUGUGAAAUGCUCGGCCAGCUCUGUGCACCCUCUGCUGUCCCUCCAGUGUCUGCUGGACACAGGAGUCAGGGCUGACCCGGCUCUGCCGAUCGUGGCGCAGUUUGUGAUCCUGGAGAGAGGAACCUGCAGGGGUGGCUGGAAGUGUGGCUCAGCCUGCAGCAGAGCCUCAGGCAAAUACGAGAGAGCACCUUCUUGAAGAAUGUGUCAUGACACAGGAAAGUGCUUCAGAUACAAGAAGGGAAAAGCACAGGCUGCACGGGACAAGCGUAUUAGGAAGGACACAGCAGCACACGGAGCUGGGGCUGCACGUGCGAGCCAAGAGGCAGAGGCACCUGUGGCCCCAAAGGCUGGGCCUCGGUGAGCACCACAAAUGGUGGGUUCCCUCUCUUUUCUCUAUUUCCCAAACAGCCAAGGAAGCUACUGGGGGCGGGGGGGUGAUGCAUCUCACCUCCACUGUAGUACGCAGCAGCCAGACCAAUCGACAAGAUUCCUGCAGAGAAAAGAAAGCAAGUGCCUCCCUAUUGGGCCACCACGAGCCCAGAGCCCCCUCCUCCCAGGAGCCACAGGCCCAGACAAGCAGGCCCUCCCUGGUGCCAGGGAUGGCUGGGGGUGGGGGGCAGGGGGACAGAAGACCACCAGGCUCAGAAGUGGGGGAAACAGCCAGGAAGUGCACUCAGAAACGGGGCAAAUGCCAUUCAUAGGAUUCCCUAAAUACGUUCCUCUACCCGAGGCUCCAGAGCUGCUGGGAAACCAGACAGAGCAGCCGACAGCAAGGGUUUUACUCCAACAGCAUGUGGUGUGGAAUGAGCAUAAGAUGUAGGUAAAGAAUCACAACAUGGCACGUGAAGCAGAACAGGCAGGCAGCCACAUGCAGGGUCACGGGAAAGAGGGACCAGAGACAAGCUGCUGAAGGCACAGCCACGCCCCUCUUCAUAUGUCCGAUCCCAUCAACACCAUGCGCUGCCCCUCCAGUGCAGGACCCUCUGAUGGACAGUGAGAGGGACGAAGGAAAAAAUGGGAAUGAACUGUGGCCCAUCACGUAAGCCUCUUACACCUGCAACCAGGUGUAUGGAAGCAAGUAAAAGGAAUACGAGGACCUCAAAAGAACAUGCACAAUAUUAACAUUAGGAUAUUAAGUGGUGGAAAAAAGGACAGAUGCUCUGUAAAGGCACGCAUGUAGGGCAAAAGCUGUGCAUAUAGGGUAAAAGCUGGAAGAUACAAAAUAGCAAAACAAUUGCUAUACUUGGGGGAAACAGAACAGAGGACAGUUUCAUUUUCAUCUUUUUUAAGUUAGAUUUUUAAUCUGCGGGGAAAUACGGAAAUCCUUACCAACAAGCAAAGACCAGGACCUGAUGCCUGGAGCCCUCUUCAGAUGGAGGCAGGAGCUGGUGCGUGACUCCACCCGCAUGUACAUCCCUGGACUGAGCGCGCACCGCUCGCGACAGGAGACAGGGGCUGGGAGGGCAGACAGCACAGCCGGAGUCCUCACGCCAGUGCCUGCUCACAAGCGCCCAGCUCCUCACCACACGGCGGUCUCCGCAGUCCCCCAAGGGCCCCUUCCUCUGCAAGGCCCUUCUCUGCUCAGUUACGCGGAUCGCACGGGGGCUGCUUGCCCAGCUCGGCACUCGCAAAGCGUCGACAAGCUCUUGACCACCAGCUGGCCCGUCCUACCGGGAAACCGCAGUCCUCGGAAGCCGUUAGCCCUCAGCUGCAUUAAGCUUCCGCCACCCUCGCAGAACCUAUCAGAAUGCCCUCCCUUCCCUCUGCGGGCCUCCACCCGGAAAGGGCACUGCAAGUCCCGUCGUGGGCUGAGUCCCUCCGGCCGCCGGGACAACAGGCCACGCGCGGCGGAGGGUCGGGAGCGCCCGAGCACCUGCUGAACGCACGCUGCCCCGCGGACUGCAACGCACGCAGAGCGCGGGCUGGGCACCCAGUUCCGGGAAGCUUUCCAGACUCUGCAGGGGAGUCGGACCAAGCUUAGACAGUAAAGGGUGGAUUCAGCGGAUACACACGCGGGCCGGGUCUUGGUCCACCGCCCGGCUACCCCCGACGCAGGCGGGCCGCGUCACGCCGGCCGGCAGCUCCGCCGCAGCCGGACCCAGCAGGCCCCGCGCGCCCGGCCCGCUUCCCGCAGCUCCGAGACGCCCCGCCGCCGCCGCGUCGCCCGCCCGGGCCGCUCGCCGCCCGCCCGCCGCCCGCGAAGACGGCCCGACCCCCGCGCCUACCGAGCACCAGACCGCGCGGGCGCGGGCGCAGGGCCGGGACCUGGGGCGGGCGGCCGGCCGCCGACUUCCGGGGUUGGGGGCGGGACCGCAGACUUCCGGACUGUCGGGGGCGGGGUGCCUGACUUCCGGCCUCCGCGGAGCGGGCGGGGCCGACUUCCGGGGGCUCGGCGGGGCUGUAGUUGACUUCCGGGCUCCAGGGAGCGAGCGGGGCCGACUUCCGGGUUGGGGCGGGGCUGGGGCAGGACCUCGUCCUCGCCUCAAGGCGGCAGAAUCAGCGGUUCCUGAGUAUCCCGGGUGUCGUGGGGAAGCACCGCUAGCAAGCGCGGGCAGGAAGCGGGUGGCCUGUGCUGGUGACGGCCGCCACCUGGGAACGUCUGCGGGGUAACUGAACCCUAGGAAGUCCGUGAAGGAAUGUAGUAAGAAAACAAAAACCGAGGACCAAGAGAAUGCUUCAGUUGACAUACCAAGUCUGGCUCAGGAGAAUGGAGAGAAGGGGGAAUUCCAUAAGUUGGCUGAUGCCAAGAUAUUUCUGAGUGACUGCCUGGCAUGUGACAGCUGUGUGACUGCUGAGGAAGGGCUCCAGGUUUCCCAGCAGAAUGCCAAGGACUUCUUCCGUGUUCUGAACCUUAAUAAG